GUAUGUAUGUAUAUCAAUUCUUGGACUUUGCUCAGCAAUUUUGAUGUAAUACAUUGGCCAGUCACUCAAAAUGUGGGCAAUUAGUAUUUUGUGGUUGUUGCAUGGCAGUUUGUAUGGUCUGUUCAAUUACUGUGGUAGAAACAUAGCAUUUUUUUGUGUGUGUUUAUGUAUUUGCAUGCAGGCUCAAACAUCCCCUCAGUAGCAGUGGAAGAAGAGAGUUGGCAGGCUUUUCCAGUGUCCUUUCCAAGACAAAUAAAAGAGCAAAAAGAAAUGGUGCACAUGAAAUAAAAGCCUCUGACAGAGAGCAAUAAACGAGACCCUCAAAGGGCCUUGCAGCUUGCAGUAGCAUAUGAGUGGUGUCUGGGCCUGUGAUAUGGGCUAUGGCAGGACGUCAUGGACCUCACCACUCUGUGCCUUAAUACUGCACCAUCUAAUCUAAUUAGCAUCAGGGAGUCCAUGAGGUCAUGGAGAGACUCUCCUGCCUGUUUGAGUUCAGUGGUUAAGUAUUUAAAUGUUACCCAGUGAGUUGAAUAUUCUUAUUUAGAUGUAGCAAUUAGAAGAGAUAAUGCAGAAGGAAAUAUUUUUGUUCCAGUACACAGUACCUUUUGAGUCACCGAUGUGAAUUUCUUUGAAUCUAUAAACACAUGUUAGACCAACAUUAUUUCCCCAAAUAGUCACAAACUUCUUAACUGACUUUAAUAAACUAUUUUAUAUGAACUGUGCUGCUGUUUUGUUAUGUGGUUAUUGUUAUUGUUUUGAUCUGUGUGGGCAUUUUGUUUGUGCUGUUGUUCUUGUUGUAAGUAUUGAGGUUGAUUAUUGCACAUGUAUUGAUAUGAAUCUGGGUUGCAUUGGCUGGAUGGGACAUUUUGGAUUUAGUGGAUGAUUCCUCUGGUUUUAUUGGAUGAUUUAAAGUUAUUAUUUGGUAAUUUUUGAACACAGAAUGGCCGUUAGCUUUCCGUCUUCUCAGACUAAUGCAAUGGAAUAGCUCUCCACAUCUGCAAGAGAGAAUCUGUCAAAAACAACAGCCGCCAGCAAUGUUUUCUGUUCAGUUGGUUGAUCUGUGUGGCAUGAGCUCCAGAUUUUUCUGUGCUUCUGUUCACAUUUCUACCUUGGUCCUGAGGGAGUUCUCUGUCUUCUCAUUUCAGCAUUUCUGCCAUUCCACAUCUGUUUCUGGACUUUGAUGUGUGUUGUUUCAUGUUUAUAUUUAAGCGCCACAUUUACAAAGAUUUCCUUAAUGUUCAAAACAAAGCAUGGAAUGAAUAAAUGGUGAAACAAAAGACAAAUUCAAUUACACUGAGUACUGUGGUGCAAGCAUACUAUGGAAAGUAAAGCCAUUUACUGUAAUUGUCUGGUUGUCAGUAUCAUAAUAUCACAGUGUUGUAGUUUUUAUCUGAGCUUUUGACUGAUAAAGAAAUAAAUCCCAUAAAGGUAAAGUGGCUUUGAGACAUUAAUGUCUUGUUUUCAUAAGUUAUGCAAUGUCAGUGAAACUAUUUGGCUUUAAAGGCAGAGAAGAUGACUGUCAUUUUAGGUCCUGUGGGCUCACAAGGGCCCUUGCCUGUAAAAUGUUAAAAUGUAAAAUGUUUAUAAUUAAUUGUCAAAUUUAUUAGAGUGGUUAUUAUUUUUGGUCCUUAUACUGGACUAUGCUAGAUUUAUGUUUUUUUGUUUGUUUGUUUUAUAUCAAUAAUUGUUGUUUUUUAUUUAUAGAGGUAUGCAUUUAUUCUAGAUCCAUAUAAUGGACCAUUAGAUGUAUGCAUAAAAGAUGGACAACAGUUAUUUAAAUAAAUAAAAAGAUUCCCAGACCACACAAGAUCAGAUGCUUACUGCUAAUGAAUUACAUUAACUAAGAAACCAUGAUUGUAAGAUUUAACCUGCUGAAGAGAGGCCUAUUCCUUCUAGGGACGUUCUUUAUGGUGUCCUGUCUUGUGCUCUCUGAGGAGGUGGGUCCUGCAGAGAAAGAAGUCACGUUCAGCCAUGUCUACAGGAUUGACUCUGGUUGUAAGCUGGGUUCUCAGGUGGCUCAGCUUUCCCAGGACCAGGCCUCAGAAGGACAGUUAGUCACAGUGAAUGGAGAGAAUGACAUUGUCUUCAAGCACAACAUACAUCUGCAGUCAGCUGGUUGUGGAUGUGCAGAUUCCGAAGACUUCAAAGCCCUGCUGUACCGUGUAAAUGGCCUGGAGGAGGAAGUCACCUACCUAAAGAGCCAAUGCGCUCAGGGCUGCUGCAGAGGAGGGUCAGGUGCGGACACUAGCUGCAGUGGCCAUGGCACAUACCAGCAGGACUCUUGCAGUUGUAAGUGUAACCCAGGCUGGGAGGGUCCAGACUGCUCUAUCUCAUCCUGCCCCAACAAAUGCAACGAUAAUGGCCACUGUGUUGACGGACGCUGCGUCUGCUAUGAAGGCUACACCGGCCAUGACUGCAGCCAGCUCACAUGCCCUAACGAAUGCAACGACAAAGGCAACUGUGUGGAUGGUAAAUGUGUGUGCCUUAGUGGAUUCUCAGGAGAAGACUGCAGUAUCGCAACCUGUCCGAAUGACUGCAUAGGAAAUGGUCUCUGCGUGGAUGGACAGUGCAUCUGCGAUGAGGGAUUCUUUGGAAUCGACUGCUCCAUGGUUCUAGGACCAAAAGGCCUCCGUCUGAUCAAAGUCACAAAUGUAUCUCUGCUGGUGGAGUGGGAGUCUGUGAGAGGAGCCGAGCACUACAUCCUGUCCUACUAUCCAAAGGGAGACGAGGGAGCCAUUAAAGAUGUCCAGGUGGAAAACACGAAAAACUCCUACCUACUCAAGGGCCUCAGACCCGGAGUCACGUAUAUAGUGCAGGUGUAUGCUAUCAUCAGGGGCAUUAACAGUGAAUCUGAUGAGAUUGUGGCCACGACUGAGGUCUCUGGUGUUGAAGGAAUCAAAGUGCUGGGCCAGACAGAGGACUCUAUCCAGGUGGACUGGAAGAACCCUGCAAUUGCUGUGGACUACUUCAAAUUGACCCAUGCUAGCCCUGAUGGUCAGGAAGGACAGGAGAAUGUGGCAAUGAGCCAAGAGGCCAGAACCAAGCACACCAUUGUAGGCCUAAACCCAGGAACAGAAUAUCAGAUAGGUGUGCAACCAGUCAAAGGUAAAAUGGAAGGCAAGCCAUCGUAUGCCACAGGGGUCACAGACAUUGAUGCCCCAACCAAUCUGGCAACCCAGGAUGUGACGGAGAACUCUGCAACUGUGACAUGGGAUGGUGUUUGGGCUGAGAUCGAUGGUUACAUGCUGACAUACAGCUCUGCAGAGGGAACCAGCCGAGAAAUUAAAGUGGGUGUGGACGCUACUUCUUACCAGCUGACCUCUCUGAAACCAGGAGUCCUGUACACAGUGUUCCUCUGGGCCUAUAAGGGCUCUCGUUCCAGUCGGAAGAGCAUGACCGAGGCUGAGACGGAUAUAGACGCUCCUACUAACCUCAUGACCAAGGAGGUGACAGAGGACUCUGCGUUGGUGACGUGGGACAAGGUGCAGGCUGAUAUUGAUGGCUACAUGCUGAGCUACAGCUCUAUAGAUGGCUCCGGUCAGGAGGUUCGAGUAGGAGCUGACAGCACCUCCUACAAGUUCACUGCUCUGAAGCCUGGAGUUCUCUACACUGUCUAUGUGUGGGCCAUCAAGGGCCCUCGUGUUAGCAAAAAGAGCUCGACAGAAGCAGAAACAGAUAUAGAUGCUCCCAUUAACCUCUUAACCCGAGAGGUGACAGAGUACUCUGCGUUGGUGACGUGGGACAAGGUUCAGGCUGAUAUUGAUGGCUACAUGCUGAGCUACAGCUCUAUAGAUGGCUCCGGACAGGAGGUUCGAGUAGGAGCUGACAGCACCUCCUACAAGUUCACUGCUCUGAAGCCUGGAGUUCUCUACACAAUCUACAUCUGGCCUGUGAAAGGCUCUCGCUCAAGCAGGACAGCCACAACUGAGGCUGAAACAGAGAUUGAUGCACCAAAGAAUCUCAAAGCCAUUGAUGUCAAGACUCAAACUUCCACUUUAACAUGGAAAGCUCCUCAGGCUAAUAUUGAUGGCUACAUCUUGACCUACAGGGCUGAAGAUGGCAGCGUGCAGACUGUAGAAAAAACUUUGGCUGCGCGGGAGAACAGAUUUGCUCUCUCUGACCUUGCAAUGGGGAAAAAGUACAUUGUCACCCUUAUUGCCUACAGGGGCACGAAGAGGAGUAGGGUAGUGGAGACCAGCUUUAGCACAGUGCGUCUGGCCUACCCGUUCCCAAUGGACUGCACUCAGAUUAUGAGAAAUGGAAACAUGGAGACUGGCGUCUACACAAUCUACGUCAACAGCAACCGUAGCAGAACCAUGCAGGUGUAUUGUGACAUGACAACUGAUGGCGGUGGCUGGAUUGUGUUACAGAGACGAAACACAGGAAAAUUAGAUUUCAUGAGGCGCUGGAGAGAGUAUAUGAAAGGCUUUGGAGAACUGACAGAUGAAUUUUGGCUCGGCUUGGAGAAGAUCCAUGAACUGACUAAUACUCCUACACAAUAUGAAGUGCGUUUCGAUCUGGGCUUGGGAUCAGAGCGGACAUAUGCUGUCUACGAUAACUUCAAAGUAGCACCAUCCAAACAGAAAUUUAAUCUUACCAUCGGCAACUACAAAGGAAAUGCUGGUGAUGCCAUGACCUACCAUCAUGGAGGGUCUUUCUCCACGGUGGAUUCAGACAAUGACAUCGCGCUUAGUAACUGUGCUCUGACUCACCAAGGUGCCUGGUGGUACCAGAACUGCCACUUGGCCAAUCUGAACGGCAGAUUUGGGGACAACAGACACAGUAUGGGAGUAAACUGGAAGCCAUGGAAGGGGCACCUCCAGUCUCUCGACUUUACAGAAAUUAAGAUCCGGCCAGUGGGAGCAGCGGGCAGACAGAAAAGGUCAUUGAAAAGGAGAGUAGCUGUGUUUUAACAAUCACUUGAAAUUUUUUUUUUAUAAUAACAUCCUAAAUGUUUCAGAACUGGAUCAAACCAAGUAGGAACAGUUCUUCAUAUCAGCAAAGCCACUCUAUUCUGUAGAUUAUAUGCUGUGUAACUGUCUUUUGUAACAUUAUACAAAAGUCAGAUUUCAAAUAGAAUAUGCUAUACUUCUUUUGAUUUACUAUAUAUGCACACUGUAUAUGAAAGAAAUCCAAAAGCAAACCAAAAUUUGUAGCAUGACUGACAUCACAGUGCCAUUCCUAACUCAAAGGGUGUAUUUCAUGCAUUUAAGUGAAGGUAAAAUGCAUUAUAAUCUUCACAGAACCUGUUAUUUUUUUUAUAUAUAUAUACAGUAUAUAUAUAUAUAUAUUUUAUUACAGUGUUUUGCACCAAAAUACUUUUUACUGUAUGAUGAUUUUCUAAAGUUUUGAAUGGAUAUUCAGGAUUUUACCCCAUCAUAAUAGCUGACAAUUAUGAUUUAAUUCAAAUGUCAUGUAUAAAAAGAUGUUUCAUAACAGAUAUUAAGGUAUAAUGUCUUCCA